AUGGUUUGUAAAUGUGUGGUUCCAAAUUGUGGUGUAGUUUAUGCAAAGGCAUCAAACGUUAAAUUGUAUCGAUUUCCACGCAAUAAAGUUUUGAAAAGCAAAUGGAUGAAAAUUUGUUCAAUUACAAAACAUCUUGUACAUUACAAAGUGUGCGGUCGUCACUUUUUACCUGAAGAUAUUAAAGAAAAUGGUCACCUAAAGCCCUCUGUUGUUCCUAGUAUACAACUAGGUACAAAUAUCCGUCCAAAUUCUGAAAGUACAAGCCAAGAAUUUUUUCAGAUGGGGGGCUCCCAUGAUGGGAUGAUGGUGAUGGUGGAUGGUGAACCUUCUUCUGAAGUUGAGAACAUUGUCUCACCUAUGCCGUUGCCAUUAAUGCCAGUAGAGCAGGUUCCACCCAAUGAAGAAAACAUAGAUAAUAAUGCAGUGGAUAUCUCUUCUGAAGAUGAGAACAUUGCCUUACCUAUGCCGUUGCCAUUAAUGCCAGUAGAGCAGGUUCCACCCAAUGAAGAAAACAUAGAUAAUAAUGCAGUGGAUAUCUCUUCUGAAGAUGAGAACAUUGCCUUACCUAUGCCGUUGCCAUUAAUGCCAGUAGAGCAGGUUCCACCCAAUGAUGAAAACAUAGAGCUUCCCAACAGAGCUAUAGAUGAAAACCGUGAGCCAGAAGAACAUGACUGGGAUGAACGUGACUUUUUUGUUCCGGAAGAGGUGGCUGUAGCAAGGUGGUGGGCAGUGAUGUUAGCUAGGAAUCAACCUGAGGCUGAGGAUAUUCCAUAUGUCCAAGUUGAUCGUAACAAUCCGGAAGUUGGUUUGUAUGAUGAUUCAGUUUGUGUAGUGUGUAGAGAUAAUACACGAACACAUGCACUUGUGCCUUGUGGUCACAAAGUGCUUUGUGAAGAAUGUGUCAACCAGCUACUCUAUAAGCGUUGUCCUCUUUGUAAUACAGUAUUCCGUUUUUCUAUUCGCAUUUGGGAAUAG